AUGGCCAAUGCAAACAGGCCCGGUGGAGGAUGGCUCAACGGGGCCCUUGCCCAAGAAGAGGCACUCUGCUACCGGAGCAGCUUAAGCUCAACACUUAAAUAUCGCUACUACCCCCUGCGAUUCCUCGGCGCUGUUUAUUCACCAUCCGUCCUCGUCUUCCGAGAGAGCAUUGACAAAGGCCAUGAGCUGAUGGACUUGGAAAAGCCCGACCUUUUCCCGGUGGUGAGCGUGAUUAGCGUGGCUGCUAUUCAAGACCCAGAACUAGACCACCAAUACGACCCGCCGAGGUACAAGAGCCUGCGCGAUCGCGAGGGAAUGAAGUUGAAAAUGAGAUUAAUUCUUCGAAUCGCCGCGUAUAAAAAACACCGCAGGCUUGUGCUAGGGGCUCUGGGUUGUGGAGCCUUUGGAAACCCGAACGCCGAGGUUGCUGAUUGCUGGGCCGAAGUUUUGCGGGAGAAAGAGUUUCAAGGCUGGUGGGAUAAGAUCGUAUUCGCAAUCCUAGACGAUGCAAAGACAAUUGCGCAGGGGAACGGGAAUUUCGAUGUCUUCAGAGACAAGCUUCAUGGACUGACGAUAUAA